AUGAACAUAAAGAAUAAUAAGCACACAGCGUUACCCCCCAACAUACGAUUGAAAUCUCGGAAUGCGGAUUAUUUAUUGGACGAAGGUAGCAGCGUUGUUAUGGUUUGCGAAUUUCUGGCAGACUGGUUCAAUGCAUUUGAACAACCUUUGUUGUGGCUGAAAACCCAAAAGAACCAAAUGGUGCAUAUGAACCUGGCAGGCACCCUCAAAGAACCAUUUGCAUCUAGCAAAAGAUUUGAAGUCUCUUUAAGCACCGACAAACGCAGGCAUCGAUUUCAACUUGUCAUUAAGGAGGUGUCUAAUGCAGACAGCGGUGUGUACACGUGCGAGAUACGCGGGAAGCAAAUGACGCUACUGGCGCAAGUAAAUUACACGCUCAACAUCAAAGGCAGGAUCAAUUUCACUGCCAACACAAAAAAAUCUCUCACCUCAAAAAUUAUUCAUGAAGCGCGUAAAUCAAUUUAG